UUGCUGUCGUCUUUCUGCAGUCCACUCACCCCCAGUUCGUGUAACAUAUUUACACAAACUUUGGGGUUUAUCUACGACGACGUUGGCGCAUUUGGCCGCCGAGCAGCUGAGAUGGGCUUUAAAUUGACUGUCAACAGUGCCAGGAGAGCGACGAGGACGCUGUGGCUGCUCCUGUUGGUGAGCCUGUCUGUGUGCGUCUGUGUUUGCCGAGCAUCCUCACCUCAGGAGGACAGUGCCAUGGAGAACAUCGUUACAGAGAAGAAGGCUGAGGAGAGCCACAGGCAGGACAGCGCCGACCUGCUCAUCUUCAUCAUGCUCCUCACCCUCACCAUCCUAACCAUCUGGCUGUUCAAACACCGGCGCUUCAGGUUUCUGCACGAAACCGGGUUGGCGAUGAUUUAUGGCGUACUUGUUGGUGUGGUCUUGCGUUAUGGCAUCCACGUUCCCCGGGAUAUUAGCAACGUCACAAUGAGCUGCCAUGUGAAUGCCAGCCCUGCCACUCUGCUCGUCAACGUCAGCGGCAAAUUCUAUGAGUACACCCUGAAAGGGGAGAUCAGUGACAACGAGGUGAACGAGGUGCAAGAUAACGAGAUGCUGCGCAAGGUGACCUUUGACCCUGAAGUGUUCUUCAAUAUUCUCCUACCACCUAUCAUCUUUCAUGCUGGCUACAGCUUGAAAAGGAGACACUUUUUCCGUAACAUGGGAUCCAUCCUGGCUUAUGCCUUUAUGGGGACAGUGGUUUCUUGUUUUGUCAUUGGGUUGCUGAUGUAUGGCUGUGUGACGCUAAUGAAGCGGUUGGGACAGCUGGGUGGCGACUUCUUCUUCACUGAUUGUCUGUUCUUUGGCGCCAUCGUCUCUGCCACAGACCCUGUGACGGUCCUAGCUAUCUUCAACGAGCUGCAGGUAGACGUGGAUCUGUAUGCUUUGCUGUUUGGGGAGAGUGUGCUCAACGACGCUGUGGCCGUGGUUCUGUCCUCGUCUAUAGUGGCGUACCAGCCAGUGGGAGACAACAGUCACAGCUUCGAGGUCAUGGCGAUGCUGAAGUCUUUUGGGGUUUUUCUUGGAGUCUUCAGUGGCUCCUUUGCUCUGGGAGUGGCCACCGGAGUCGUCACAGCUCUCGUGACCAAGUUCACCAAGCUGAGAGAUUUCCCACUUUUGGAGACAGCUCUGUUUUUCCUCAUGUCAUGGAGCACAUUUCUGUUGGCUGAGGCCUGUGGCUUCACAGGUGUGGUCGCAGUGUUGUUCUGUGGCAUCACUCAGGCUCACUACACCUUCAAUAACCUGUCUCCUGACUCCCAGGACAGGACCAAACAGCUAUUUGAAUUGCUGAAUUUCCUGGCAGAGAAUUUCAUUUUCUCCUACAUGGGUCUGACCCUGUUCACCUUCCAGAACCACAUCUUUAAUCCCAUGUUCAUCGUUGGAGCUUUUCUGUCGGUGUUCGUGGGAAGAGCUGCUAACAUCUACCCGCUCUCGUUCCUCCUUAAUCUGGGACGACGCAACAAGAUCAGGUCCAACUUCCAGCACAUGAUGAUGUUUGCGGGACUGCGAGGCGCAAUGACCUUUGCCCUGUCAAUCAGAGACACGGCCACAUACGCCCGUCAGAUGAUGUUUACCACCACACUGCUAGUGGUCUUCUUCACUGUUUGGGUUUGUGGCGGUGGCACCACCCAGAUGUUGUCCUGCCAGCACAUACGAGUGGGCGUGGACUCUGAUCAAGAUAACUCCAUGAGUAUUGCUGAAGGCCCAGAGAGAAGGAGCACCAAACAAGAAAGUGCCUGGCUUUUCAGAAUCUGGUACAACUUCGACCACAAUUACCUGAAGCCCAUCCUGACUCACAGCGGCCCCCCACUCACAGCCACGCUGCCUCCAUGCUGCGGCCCCCUCGCCCGCUUCCUCACCAGCCAACAGGCCUUUGAGAAUGAGUGCCAGCUGAAGGAUGAUGAUUCCGACCUCAUCCUGACAGAUGGUGAUAUCAGCCUCACCUAUGGCGACAUCACGGUCAGUACAGACGCUUCCGGUGCACACACCAGUGGCGUUCCAGCCUUUGCUGGUGCCGUAACCUCUGACGACUUGGACAGAGAGCUAACAUAUGGAGAUCAUGAGCUGGUGAUGAGGGGCACACGUCUGGUGCUUCCAAUGGAUGACUCAGAGCCGCCCUUCACAGACCCCCAUCACCGCUUACGGAUGUGAAGAUUCGUUCUUCAACGCAGAACCAGACAACCGUCCGACUCCAACUGACCCGAGCCAUUGAGCAAAAGACCAGUACCUGACUUUUUCCUCAUGAAUAUUCCACUAUUUUCUCUUUUGCUCUUGCACCUUUCCUCAUUCCUCAUGCUUUGUCUCCACAUAUUUCGUCACAGCUACAUUUUCUCACUUCCUUUAGUGGCAAAUCACUGUCUCUACCUCAUUCUUGUUCUGCUUGUUUCGAUACCAUCUGGCAUAAGUGUAAUAUAGUCUUAUUUAUUUGCAGAGUUUCUUCGGUAUUCAAUUGAAAGCCAGUUUCUCUUAGUUUGGCUUAUAUUUGUGUGUCAGUCACCUUACUGUAGCAUUGCACAGGGGGUCUAGCAGCAUGUGUUAGUGUGUAAUGCAAGUCAAAGUACCAACUACUAGCUAAUUUGUGUACAGUAUAUCACAAGAGUACUAUAACUUUGAUAUGCAUGCUAAAGGAUGCUUGUUGUUUACUUUGUACCAGAGGUUGAGGGCUUUUGUGUUUUGGGUCUGACCGUGAAUGUUGCUGCCUUCUCUCUCUGCAUCACUUAGUGUGAUUGGAGGCAUGCUGACCCAGUGGACAACUUUACUGUACGUUUGGUUUCAAUCAAGUGCCUGGGAAUUAUAGUUUUAAACCUGGCAACCCACACUGGAUCAGCUCUGGGAAACAGAGCCAGUUCAGAAUGGCAGUCAGGUUUUUUUUCUUUGUACAAAACAGAAAAAAAAAUACUAAAAAACAAAACUGACACCUCCGUCCAUAAGGUAGCAAUAUACUCAGUGGGUGUUUGGGCUGUCAGUUUGUGCUUUUCACCUGUAAAUAGUGUGUAACAAUGUGAUGCCACUGAUGCAGUCAGUGCAACAAGGCAGUGACAGUUGUGGAUCUCUCCCAACGACCUUUGACUGUGACACAGAGAGAGAAUUUACACCUUAUUUUAGACGCUGAUGUCACUCGCAGCAGAAUGAAGGGCUGUCGUUUGAAAAAUGAGAUCCAAAUGGAGAAAGCUUAGUGCCAUUUUUGUCCUGCAUUUGACAUUUUGUGCAAACCGGAUGCAGACGACCUUAAAAUGUUUUGUAUUCUUUUUGCAACAUAGCUUAAGUACUUAAAGCUAAAUCACAUUUGUCACACUCAUUUAGCUUUGUGCAUACUUUUUUCUAUUACAAUCGUUGCAUUGGUGUCAAGACUGAUCAAAUUUUUAUCAUUAAAUAAAUCUAAAGAAAAAACAACCCAAUUUGACACUAAAGCAACUUACUACCAGGCUAUUGGUAUUACACAGUUUGAUGUUAGUAAAGAAAAUAGUUUUUCCCUGUAUCAAUUUUUUACAAUGAGAGCCAUGACAUUAGUGAAUAAGGUGAUUAUUUAAAUGAAUUAAUUGCUGGUUAUGAACAGAUAUUUGCAUUGUUACUGUGGUGGUUCAUCAUUAGGAGAAUUGCCAAAAUGGAAACAGUUAUUUAUAUGCUGGAUCUUUUUCUCUGCUGUACACAAAUGAAUGAUGGUCCUGAAUGAUGACUAGUUUGAUAGCGUAACAGGAGUUCAGUAGCAUUAAGAUGCUAAGGAGCAUUAAUAACACACGAGUGAUAUAAAUACCUACUGUUAAAAGGGUACCAAUUGAGGAAUGUGUUACAUUUAACAUUAAUAGUCUUGUUUCAGUGUAUCGUUGUACACUGUAGAGGCUAUUUUGGUGCAAGAAGAACGGAAGGUUUUGUUGAUCUCCUUUGGGGUUCGGAGUAGCAGCUGUUAAUGCGGGUUUAACAGGAAAUGUUGAUAGGACGUCACCGUAGCGACGGACUGUUGAUGUGGACAGUAGCCAGAAAACACUCCAGACAUGGUGACUUAGUCGAACACAAUGGUUUCGCCGUUAGCCCUCUUGGUGAGCGGAAGAGUAAAAAUGACUGGAUGUAAGAGGAUGAUAACAGGUCUAAAGAAAAGACCGAGAGAAAUGGAGGAUAGAUAGAGAAAGAGUUUGAUGAGGAUGGAUAGUUUGGGGUUGUGUGUGUGUACGUGUGUCAGGGAUGAUACGGAGGUGGAAGGAAGAGCAGGCUUUUAGAUAUUGCUACUCCUUCCACAGUUAUCUUCUGCUGUGCAGGAACUUCUCAUAGAAAGCUUUUUGUUUUUUUGUUUUUUAAUCGGGCAUGCCUCUUGACACCAUAUGAUCCAGGAAAUGAUUUAUUCUUUCCACCAUUUUAUACUUUUUGUUUGUGAAUAUUUUGUUUGGCAGAAGGGAAACGAUGAAGUAAAAAAAAGGUGACUUAUUUGCACUCAGAAUGUUUUUCUGUCUUAUUAUUUUGCUAUGAUGUGUGUUUUUAUCUAACAGCUGCUUUUAUAUGAUUCACCUUGUGUUGGAAGGUUAUAUAAAAUAUGAGUAAAUUCAGUCAUUUUAAUGAAUGGGUUGAUGUUGAAUAGAAAAUAAAUUCAAUUGUUACUUUUUGAAGAAAUAAUUCCUUUCAUAUUGUACUUGAUCCAUCUCAUCACUUUGCCAUUCAGGUACCUUGUAUGUUUGCAAAAAACUGCUGUUUGAAUGCUAUUACCGUGACUCCUACAGAGCAUGAAUCAGUCUUAUUCAUCCUCUGCUGAUGGUGAACUCUGAAGAAAAAAAAAGGAAAAAUAUGUACAAGCAGAAUUGUGUGCCAAUGUUCUUUAACUGACACAUUAAAUAAUGUGAACUCCACAAAAGCUCAUACAGAUUUGGGUAUUUGCCUACCGCUCUGCCAGUAUGUGUUCUAUCUCUCUCUCUCUCCCUCUCUCUGUUCAUUGAAUGGUGACCUGUGAUAGGCUUUGAUCAUUGAACUCUUGUCUGAAGUAGCUGACCAAAGAGGCCUGCUGUGCUCUGUGUUUUUUCAGACAGUCCACUUUAUCUUUAUACAGCAAAUUCUGUUUGUGUGAGUGUGUCUGUCUGUGUGUGUGUGUGUUUUUGUGUGCAUUCAUGCUUGCAAGUGUGUAUGGGUAUUAAUGAGUAUGUUUGUGUGUGUGUGUGAGAAAAAGAGGGAGACAUUGUGCUCUCUCUUUUGCUCUGUGUUGCAGGUACUGACUGUUUACAUCUGUGUAAAUAUACUCUCACCUGUUCAUGUGUGUGCAAAGAUCAAUAAACAGAAGCCUGUGCUUUUGAUU